AAGUAGUAAGCGUAAAGAGGAACCUUUGUUGCACUUGUGUUUCACAGCGGGAUGAAAAUAGCGUGGGACUGCUGUGGGCGUGGUUGAAACCUUCCUCUUGAUUGUCACGGCAGGAGAGUGUGUUUAGCGGAGGAGCCAUGCCUUUCCUCCAUGGGUUUCGACGGAUCAUCUAUGAGUACCAGCCGCUGGUGGACGCGGUGAUGUGUGUUUUUGGACUGGAGGAAGGUGGAGGCGGUCACGAGGACAGAGGCCAAACCCCUGAGGAAGAGGCUGGUCUUUGUAGUUCUCUGGUGGAGCUUUUGGAGCGGGAGUCCCAGUCAGAGGUGUUCCUGGAAGGCAUCAGCUAUGCGCUGUUUAAGGUGGCAGAACGGGGACUGGUGUACGCAGCGGAAAUACUUCUACGCUAUGGGGCUGAUUUAAACUUUGAAGACCCGGUGUCGUACUACAACCCUCUACAUAUCGCAGUUCUGAGGAACAAACCGAAUAUGGUCAGGCUGCUGGCCGGACACGGAGCCGACAUUGAAAAGCGAGACAGGAUCCAUGAGAGCAGCCCUUUGGAUCUUGCUGGUGAGGAGUCGGAGAGGCUCCCCUGCCUGCUCACCCUGCUGGACCUUGGUGCCGACGUGAAUGCAAGAGAUAAACAUGGAAAAACUCCUUUACUCCACGCCUUGGCGAGCAGCGAUGGAGUUACUGUGCACAACACAGAGAACAUCCAGCUCCUACUAGAGAGAGGUGCUGAUGUAAAUGCUUCAACAGUAGACGGUGAAACAGCAAAGUCCUCGUUGGUGUUCCUGGUGAAGGAGGCUCUGGAAGCCAGCGUGGAGGACGCCGCAGAGAUAGGUAACUUCUGCUUGAAGGCCACGCGGCUGCUGCUGGCUCACGGAGUGGACCCCAGCUGCUGCCUGAGCGAGGACGGCGAGCCCUCGCUGACUCAGACCAGCCUGGCGCACUUUGACCUGUUCUUCCCUCUGGCCGUGCUCUUGAUCCAGAGCAGAGCCUCUCUGGUUUGCUCCUAUCACGGCGGCUCCUGUUGGUCCGGCUAUAGCCUCCUUUUCCAGCGGCUCCACACAGUCCUGCAGCAGUGCUCUGAUCAAAGUCAGGCCUCCGAGCUCCUGGAGCAAGCCGAGGUGUUGCUCGACUUAGCGAGGGUUGACGUCCCAAUGCUGCAUUUGCCUCCCAGGCUCGAGCCCCCUGUGUCCGGGGAGGACCCUCAUCCUUACACUCAAGCUCUGAGAGACCUUCAUAACCGCUCUGUAGAGCGUGAUGCGAGCCCUCCUGCUCUGAGGUGUCUUUGCAGGGCAUUCAUUAGGAGCCACCUACAACCUUGGCCCUUGCAAGACAGAGUGAAAAUAUUGCCAUUACCUGACAGAAUGAAAGACUUUCUCCUCCCUGAGAACACUUACACCACAAAGCCUGGCUGGGACUGCUUCAAGCCCCAACAAAGCCAGCAGUGACGAUGCAACUUUCUGUUUGAAACCUCAAUUCAAAGACUGAAAUGGCCUGUAGUGAUCUGUGUAAAUAUCUGAGCAUCUGUCUUAAACCUCACAAACCAUUGAGGCCUUUGUUAAAUUCUUCUUCUGUCUGUGCCAAAUGAACAGACAAAUGUGUGUCAUGUUUACAGAUUAGCCUUUGAGUUCUUAAACUGUAAUGAUUAAGCUGCUGCUGCUGCUGCUGCUGCUGCUGCUGCUCCUGCUGCACAGUUGAAUGAACCUCACCGAUGCGGAAAGCAGGUUGCAAUACACAGUGAAAGCCACCAGAUGGCAGUGUUGCUCCUGCUUAUCAUGAAGGUGCUCAGAUGUCAGGGUCAAAGAUUUCGUUAUUCACAUUCACAGUGCAGCUCAUUACAGCUGUUCCAGCGCAGGAGGCAACAUCUAUAUUUUAUCUCCUCAAUAUGAUUGGUGUUGUACUGUGGCAUUUGUGUAUCUUCUCUCUUAACAUGAAGGUGGGCCAUUAAAACAGUUCUGUGUCUCAG